AAUAUUUAUUAUGAUUUCAUCCCUUGCAGCAAAAACAUUUGAAGAUCUAUGAGGGAAUACUUGUAAUACAUUUAGCAAUGAAUAAAUUAGCAUAGGAAUAGGAUGAUUGUACUUUAUUUUUUCUCCCUUUACAGACUUCAGAAACAUACAGAGAAACAAGCAUAUACAAACAUCCAAAGAAAGUAAAUUUUCCAUAUUAUGUUCUGUUUCUCAGGGCUGAUGGGAAAUGCAUAUUUACAGGGGUUCAUAUCAUUUGAAGAUGUUGCUAUGGACUUUACCUGGGAGGAGUGGCAGGUCCUCGAAGAUGCUCAGAAGACUCUAUUCAAAGAUGUGAUGCUGGAGACCUACAACAGCCUGAUGUUUUUGGGACAAUCCAUUGCCAAACCUGCAGUGAUCUUCAAGUUGGAGCAAGGAGGAGAUCCAUGGACAUUAGAAGAACUUCCCAGCUUGAGCCUUCCAGGUUAGUCAGUGCAUAGUUUCCUGGGACUAGUGUAAUACAUUUUCUUUUGAAGAAUUUAUAAUUCAUUGAGAGGGGAAGACAAAAUGUUAGUACUGGUGAGAUUAGAAAAAUGUAGAAACGUUUUCCUGGGAUAAGAGUGUGCAA